CCGCCCUCCGGCGCGCUGUCGACCAAUCACGGGCCGGGAUGUCGGCUCCGGAAUCAAUGAGGGGGCGGGGCCGCCGUGCCAGCUCGAAGUCGAUUCAAACGGAGGGAAUCGGGGAUUGGCUGCAGCUGGGUAACAGGCAAGCGGAAAGCCCUGCGUCCAAUUCCCAUUCAGAAGCUCUGCUUAGACUGCGGAAUGACGAGGCUGAGGGGAGCGUUUGUGUACGGAGAGAUCGUAGCUACCCGUGGAAAUGAAAUGUGUACGAGGGCAACUGUGGACUGAAGUUAGAAGACACAAAGCACCACUAAAUAAAAUGUAAAUUUAAACGGGCUGACGACUCAAGGCCGAGAACACGAAUCAAAAACAGGAGGCUAAGCUUCUAGUAGUCUCCUAGACUGCCAAUAAAACAGCUGAAUUUCACAACGUAAUAGUCGCGAUACGAACAACUGAACGACAGUCUGACUUCCCAAUGGAAGUGAAUAAUGUCCAUGUGGGCGGACAUCCUGAAGCGACAGACAUACCUUUAGACCAAUGACCAGGCCAGUUCUAGCAAAGAGGUGUGUCCUCAGAGGAAUGGCAGGCCUGGAGAGCCAGUGAUCGGCCAGACAUUUGAGCCACGCCAAACCUGGAGGGCGGGGCUUCUCCGGGAUGUGCCUAGGGGCGGGAAGAAGGGAAGUGGGCGGAUCUCCGCACACCCCAGCGGAAGAGGCAGAUUCAGGAAGCCAUUACGCAGCUGGCUAGCGGCGGUCGGGCCGGUCAGGGCUGGGCCCUACGCACUUUGCGUAGCGAAGGGGGGUUACUUAAGGCCUGGUACUUGGCCUUGAACAAGCCCUGCCUGUCCCCCUAAAAGGGAUGGGGGUGAAAGAGAGGCGAGGCUGAAAAAGAAGAGAAGAGAAAUUGGGGCUGUUAAGGGCAUUAUAAUUUCUUUUAAAAGAGAGGAAAGGGAAGGCCAUGGCUGUCCCAGCCAAGAAGAGGAAGAUGAACUUUUCAGAGCGGGAGGUGGAGAUCAUCGUAGAGGAACUGGAACUGAAGAAGCACCUGCUGGUGAACCACUUCAAUGCUGGGGUCCCUCUGGCUGCCAAGAGUGCAGCCUGGCAUGGCAUCCUGAGAAGGGUCAACGCUGUGGCCACCUGCCGUAGGGAGCUGCCCGAAGUCAAGAAGAAGUGGUCUGACCUCAAGACGGAGGUCCGUCGCAAGGUUGCCCAAGUCCGAGCUGCUGUAGAAGGUGGCGAGACUCCAGGGCCCACAGAAGAUGAUGGACCUGGUGGACCUGGGACAGGCAGUGGCAGUGGUGGCAAUGGCACAGCCAUAGCUCCUGUACUGCUGACCCCCAUGCAGCAGAGGAUCUGCAAUCUGUUGGGUGAGGCCACCAUCAUCAGCCUACCCAGUACCACAGAGAUCCAUCCCGUGGCCCUCGGACCCACAGCCACUACAGCCGCAGCCACGGUCACCCUGACACAGAUCCCCACUGAGACUACCUACCACACGCUGGAGGAGGGAGUGGUGGAGUACUGCACAACUGAAGCUCCUCAGCCCCUGCCGACAGAGGCCCCAGUGGAGAUGAUAGCCCAGCCUCCAGACACAUCUGUCAAACCACAGGCACUUAAGAGCCGCAUUGCCCUCAAUUCAGCCAAGCUGAUCCAGGAGCAGCGGGUCACCAACCUCCACAUUAAGGAGAUCGCCCAGCACCUGGAGCAGCAGAAUGAUCUGCUACAGAUGAUCCGGCGUUCUCAGGAGAUGCAGGCCUGUGCCCAGGAGCGGCAGGCCCAGGCCAUGGAGGGCACCCAGGCAGCCCUAAGUGUCCUCAUCCAAGUCCUCCGGCCCAUGAUUAAAGAUUUCCGACGCUACCUACAGAGUAACACUCCCAACCCAGCCCCAGCCCCCGACCCUGGACAGGUGACCCAGAAUGGGCAGCCAGACAGCAUCAUUCAGUGAGGGCAGGGGUCAAGCCAGUACUCUGCUUGUGAUUGAAGUAAACAUCUAUGGGAUUUUAAGUGGUUUCUGUGGGCAGCUUUAAGUGGGCCAUGUGGAUAGCUCUUGGAUUAGAUACAUGGGGUUUGCUAGUCUGAGAAAAAUGAAGGAGACUGGGAAAAGGGAUUUGCUGGGCUCCUGGAACCCAAUAUAUCUUACUUCAACCACUGGAGCUGCCUUGCUGAGAAGAUUUUAGCUGGGAGCUAUGGAUGCUGGUGAUGGGACAUGGGUUGACAUGAUCUAAGGCUUGAGACAUCACCCACACUCUGUUUAGGACAACUUUAAAGUCAAACUGGUUCUCACUGGGGCUGCGGCGUCUCAGCACAUGAUCAUCAGCAAGCUGCCCCACCUCAAGUGCGCAGUCUUUCUGAGUGCCAUCCCGCUAAUGUCGCUGGCAGAAAUGCAAUAACACCCAAAUAAGAAUGUCUCCCAGCACCACUGGGAAGUCCCAGUCCUAUCUCCCUCUCACUGUGCCUCCAUUCUCAGGGGACUCUCUUGACUGCUGUAUGCUACAACCACCCAGGCACAGCCCAGCUCCUGGAUAUGUCCCGAGUAUGCAGCCGCCAGCCUGGCCUGGCUCAGGGAUGCUGUGUGUGGUGGGUUAGCCACUCUCUAGUCUUCCAUGACACCUCUGGGUAGCUGUUCUAUGAUUUGCCCCAUCCCCAGACUCUGACACAGGUAGGCUUCCGGUGCUGUCAGUGUUAGAAGGCAAACCCCUGUGGAAUCCUGUUUCCUGCUGCAGUGUACUUGAGGUGAACCUCUAGUUUUUCUUUUACUAUUAUUUUUUUCUUUAGAAAGCUCACUUCUAGCCUGUCAUAUUUAUUCUAUAGCUGAACCCUUUCUGGGAGGGCUCCAGGCUCUGUGGCCACCCUUCUUCCUCCACUGGACCACACAUCCAAAAUACAGUGGGCACUGAGCCCUGCUCAGCAUCCUACCCGAGGACUCCCCUCCUUUACUCUGUUCCUCAGUGCCUGGUGCCCUGAAGAUGCUCCCCACCCCCACUGGCUGAGUGAAUCCAAAGCAAGGAUGGUCCCUGAAUGUAAGAGGUGGAAGAUAGAAAGUGGGCCCUUUGAAUCCUGUGCUCUAGCAGGACAUAGCCUCAGAGGGCUGAAGUACAUGUUGCCCAACUUUCUACCUUUUCUUGAAGGCACUUACAAGAGACUCUGCCAGCCAAGGUUUAUCUGGAUCACUUUCAAACUUACAAUGCCUCAGGCUCCCACGUUACUACCCCAUUUGCCAUGUUGCUGCCACAUCUGGAACACUCAUGACCAGUGACAAUAACUCAAAGUUCUAGAUCUUAGCCAAGCAAAGAGGCCAAGUUGCCUUUUCAGGCAUGCGCACAUAGAGAUGCUUAGCUCCACUGCUGUCCCAGGAAGAGGUCCCCUGGAGACAGUGAGGUGGCUACCCACUGGCCCAUCUCCAAGGGGACAUGUGUGAUGAUGCUAGGCUACAGAGAGUGGAAUGAGGUGGGGCCCCAGCAGGGUUGCUACAGGAGCCUCCUAAGGUUUUGUGACCUAGUUUGGUUCUUCUCUAGGGUUGGAAAACUGAGCCAAUGUUGUAUCUGUUCCAUUUGUGCAUAAAGAGGAAGCCUAGAUUACUUAAGCUAACUUGUUCUUCCCAGGUCACAACUUUAAAUUAAAGAAAUAUCACUUUUUUU